UUUUCUUUUUUUUUUUUCUUCUUCGACAGGAGCCAAUUGCGUUCUCUCACUUCAAACGAUCACAAUCCCAAAAUCCACCAGGUUCGAUCCUCCUUUUUCUUUAUUUUUUCGGCAGAAUUGGUGAUUAUUGGUGGUUUGGCGUGGUUAACGGAGGUGUAAGGGUGGUUUUCGGUGGUGGCUGAUGAAUGGAGAAGAGUGGUACUCGGUGGUGUUUUUGGGUGGUGUUGUGCAGGUAAAUAGCAGGGGACGAUGGUGGGGGUUUGGUGAUUGUGUAUGCUGUGUUUUAUGGAGAUAAUGGUGGAUGAAAGCUAAUCAGGGAUGUUCUUCACACAAAGCAUAGCUUUUUGCAAACCAUAUUGAGCAGAUUUGGAGUUUAAUUCGAUACAGAUAGUAAAAUACCUAUCAAUUUAAGGAGUUAUUUCAUAACAGUCAAUGACCAAAUCAAAAACUUUUAAAUAUAUAUCAAAUAGUGAGUUACCCAGACCCAUAUUCACAUACCCAUACUCAGAUUUGGAGUGCUGCUUGUUUUACAUAGGAACGGUUCCAUUUUAAUACAUCGCUGAGCGAAAAAAUUGACGCCCAUUUCCCUUUUCCCCUCGUUCCAGCGACAUCCCCGCCCUCUUCAUCCCUUCCCUGGCACCGGCGCCGCCCUCCACCUUCCCAGCUGCCACCGGCGCCACCGUCUUAUUUCUCCACAACUAGAAUCAGGGGAAACCUAAGUUAUCAAUUAUCUCAGGCACGUCUUGCAGUCUUGUUGAAGAUCUCCACGGCUUUAACUUAUUACAAUUUGCAUUUUCAGGGUUCCGACUUCCGAAACCCUAACACCUUCAAAGACGAGUAUUCAUCUCCACCUUUCUUUUGCUCUUUUCAUAGGAUACAUAUAACUUCUAAUACAUCAAAGAGGAAGCAAUCAGUUUGAUAGAUUGCUUCACUCCAUAACAUGAGAGGGGUAAAAUUGGAACUUCGGUGUCCCCAACGUGUUCAUGGGAUCAUAGCUGAUCCACAAGUCGACUGGAGUUUUGAUGAGCUUCUAUCAGAGCUUAAUGCUGUUGAUCACAAACUUCAAGCAUCCUCAUUGGUCCCUUUACCUUUCUCCAAAACACAUUCAAGUGAUCUUUCAGUUGUAGUCCAUGCUGAAAAAAACAGAAAGCCCUUUGUGAUGCAUGUAUCAGAUGAUGAUGAUGAUGAUGAUGAUGUGGUUAAUAGUGGUCAUUUUGCUUGUGAUGAAAUUUAUUUAAGUGAUGAUGUGGAUUCAGAUAGUGAUUCAUCAGCUGAAGCCCAAUGUUCUUUAAUGGACAAAGGAGGAGUUAUUGAAGGUGCAUUGAUUGAGCUAAGCCAUGAACACCAGCUUAGUGUUGCUGAAGAAAUAAGAAGCCGAAUAUCUGCAUUUGGAAGUGAUUUUACAAAUGAAAAAGAAAAACUCACCAAUGCAAUUUCUCGAGCUGAAAAGAGCAAAGAAGCACGAAGGGAAUUGGAUAGAAAACGUGAUUUGCAAUAUCAACGCAUAAUAGCAGAAGCACUUGAUAAUCAUCUGACUGAUGUUCAAAGACACCAUGAAUACAAAUCUCAAAUAGAAGAGAAAAAGAUACGCGAUGAUGCUGCAAUUGAAGAGUCAAAAAGAAAGCAGAAAGCUCUUCAAGAAGAAAAAGUUCGACAAGAAAAAAUGAAAUCAGAAGAGGCCAAAAGACAAGCUGAAAAGAAGAGAGAAGAAGAAAUGAAAGCCAAAGCCAAAGCAUUGGAAGAUGAAAAAAGAGCUGCAAAAGAAGCAGCUAUGUUGUCAAUGGCAGAAAGUCAAAGAAAGGCUGCUGAGGCUUUGACUGCUUCCAAUGAACCAAAUAAACCAUCUUCUGGAAAUGUAGUCAAGGGUGCUGAGAGUGGUUUAAAAAUGGAGGAAAAAAGGGUACAAAUGUACAAACAAGUAAUUGGAAAAGAUGUGGUAUCAGAAAUGGAUUCUAAUAAGGAAUACCGAAGUCAUGGUAUGCAAAUGGCUAGACGCAUCAAGACAAUAACUGGAACAAAAGAGAAUGUGAGAACAAAAGCAGAUGAAUUGGUGAAACUCAUGAAUUCAACCUUUCCUCAAUCCGUUAAUAUUGGGAUCUUUGCAGAUAAAAUUGUCUCCCAAAGCACAAACGCAAGCAGCAACAGUGUCCUAUAUGGUUAUGGACAUGUCAUUGUUAUGGUUACUUCAAAGAUUCCACAUGCCAUGGAAAUACUACUUGCGAAAUUAAACAAAGUUUGCAUCUUCACAGUUCCAAAGUAUUUGAGUUAUUCAGAGGGAGCUUUCGAAUCUAGAGAAGCAUACUACAAAGCCAUUGGAUACGAAGAAGAAGAUGGAAAACUUGAAAGCACAGAUACUUAUGUAGGAAGGUUAACCCAACAUAUGAAACUAUACGCAGCUCUAAUUCAGACUGAAGUUGAUGGUUUCCGAAAUCUGCAUGGAAUUGAAGAGGGCUGGAAAUGGCUUGCUAGAUUUUUAAAUGCUCUCCCUGCAAAUAUAUACACUGGAGUUGCUCUUCAAGCAUUCAUUGAGUUGGCGGGGUUUGGUAUGUACAAAAGGUAUAAAAACCAGUUCAAGAAGCUAUUAAACAUAAUAUCCCAAGACUUUCUAAAAGCGUUAAAGGAAAGGGAAGAUCCAAAAGUGACAAAAGUUGUGAUAAGUUUAGAAAAUUACAUCCAAUCAAACGAGUUCUUAAAGGAACCAGAAGGAUGGCGUUUGCAAGAUUCUUUACUAUCUCAUGGAUUUGUCCCUAAUGAAUCUGAUGAUCAACAACAGUAUUAUAACAAUAAUAAUAAUAAUAAUAAUUCAUCGGGGGGAUAUGGAUACAAAGGCUAUCAACAACAAUACAAUUAUAAUUCACCUAAUAGGUAUGUUUAUCAGCGCUAGACUAAAUUGUCAAGAUUUGUAUUUUUUUUUUUUUUAUAUGAGAUACAAGAAUCUUGAUUCAAAUUAGAAAUUUGUUUGUAACAAAUGAAUUGUAAUUCAUUUAUAGUUUAAUCGAAUAGAUCUCUAUAUAUGGGUUUUGUUUUU